UCUGAAUCCCAUCAUCAAACUUGGGCCGCAUUUCGAAAAACUAGCAACACCAAACCUCCAAGAAGAUCCAUUCUUCUCUUCGGAGAUCUUUUCAAGAAUGGCGGAAGAUAACGCAAACGAAGCCUCCAGCACCAGCUCAAAAAACUAUGACAUAAUAGUCUUCGGCGCCUCCGGUUUCACCGGCAAAUACGUAGUCCGAGAAGCCCUCAAGUUCCUCAACACUCCUAACUCACCCCUCAAAACCCUUGCCUUGGCGGGACGAAGCCCGUCGAGAUUAUCUGAAGCCCUCAACUGGGCCUCCUCCCCUAACUCGCCGCCCAAUAUCCCCCUCCUCACGGCCGACACUUCCGACCCCAACUCCCUUAUCCGCCUCGCCGCCCAAGCAAGGAUCAUACUGAAUUGCGUCGGCCCGUUUCGGCUCUAUGGGCAGCCUGUUGUUUCGGCCUGCGUGGAUGCCGGCUGCGAUUAUUUGGACAUUUGUGGUGAACCCGAGUUCAUGGAGAGGAUGGAGGCUUUGUACCACGAGAAGGCAGUGGACAAGGGAUCCUUGGUUAUUUCGGCUUGCGGGUUCGACUCUGUUCCUGCUGGGAUGGGGCUGUUGUUUCAUUCCAGGCAGUGGACCGGGCCUUCGGUCCCCAACCGUGUGGAGGCAUAUUUGAGCUUGGAGUCGGAUAAGAGGAUCGUUGGGAAUUUUGGGACGUAUGAGUCUGCCGUUCUUGGGGUGGCUAAUGCUGGUAAAUUGGUGGAGUUGAGAAGGAACAGGCCCAAAAGAGCCCGACCCCAGAUUCUUGGACCUGCACCCCCCAAAGGUCCUAUCAUAGAACACCAGAAGCAGCUCGGGCUUUGGGCUAUAAAGCUACCAUCAGCUGAUUCCAUUGUUGUGCGAAGAACGCUAUCCGCUCUGACUGAAAAUCCUCAUGGUUUACCUGGUGUUAAUGAAAGUUUUGAAAGCGCUAAAAUGAGGGAGGCCUUCUGGUUGUCUGUGAAGCCGGCUCAUUUUGGUGUGAAAUUGGGGUCAAAAUCGUUGCUUGGUUUAUUUCCCGUCAUCAUGCUUGGAAUAUUCAUUGGGCUCUUAAGCAAAAGUGCAGUAGGAAGAUGGCUUCUCUUGAAAUUCCCCUCAUUUUUCAGCUUUGGGUGGUUCCGGAAGAAAGGACCUUCUGAGGAUGAAGUGGCGAGUGCUACCUUCAAGAUGUGGUUUAUUGGUCAGGGGUUUUCUGACAGCAGUCUAGCAUCGCAGGGAAACAAGAAACCUGAUACUGAAAUAAUAACAAGGGUAAUGGGACCUGAGAUUGGAUAUCUGACAACUCCAAUAAUUCUUCUCCAGUGCGCCCUUCUUGUGCUGAAGGACCGUGAUAAUCUGCCAAAAGGAGGAGUUUUCACUCCUGGGAUUGUAUUUGGCCCAAGAGACCUCGAAACACGACUGCAAGAGAAUGGAAUCUCUUUCGACUUCAUUUCGAAGAAGACCCUUACUGCUUGAUUCUUAUUGUCUCCAUGUGAUAAUAUCAAACUUCUUUCAUCAUAAGUGGCAAUAAUAAUAAGAUAUCUUUUCUUGAAA